AGUACUUAAUAUUGCCCACAGGUGGUCAAAGUAGGUAAUAUAAAUCUAGUUAGGAAAAAAGUUGUCUUGUUAGCUUCUAUGUAGUUUUGUAUUCAUUGGAAAUAUUAAGUAAUGUUAGGCAUUAAUUACAAGAACAAAAAUAAGGUUUAUAAGAGUUUGACAAAAUAGAUAAAAGUAGGAAUUAUGCAAAUGUGGCAACGUGAAGUUUACGAACGGGAUGCAUCAUCACUGCAUGUGUAAAUUCCAAGAUGUGACGUAGAAGGUAAAAGUAAUGAAAUCGUGGUAAGAACAACCAGCCAGAUUCUAAAUAUGGGGAAACCAACAAGAGUAGUUGUUUGUGGAAUGAAAGGUGUAGGAAAAACUGCAUUGUUGGAACAGCUCAUUCAUGGAAAUGUCACACCUAAGACGGAAAUACAUCCAACGAUAGAAGACAUUUAUGUUGCUAAUAUAGAAACUGAUCGUGGUACAAAGGAGAGAGUAAGAUUCUAUGACACCGCAGGCUUGGAAUCAUUGCAGAGCAAUGCGAACAACCAACAACUUCCUCGACACUAUCUUGGAUUUGCUGAUGGAUAUAUUUUAGUUUACGAUACAACCAAACCUGAAUCGUUGGAUGUUCUGUUGCCAUUGAAAAAGGACAUCGAUAAGAACAAGGAUAAGAAAGAAAUAACAGUAGUAGUUUUAGGUAAUAAAACUAAUAAUGAAAAUAAAUCAAACAGUUUAGAGAAUACAUCUAAUAAGGGUAGUAAUUGGUGUACCAGGGAAAAGAUCAAACAUUAUGAAGUCAACGUAAUGGAUAGACAAACUUUGUUCGAACCUUUCAUUUUCUUAUCGUCUAAGUUAAAUCCACCUCCAAACAAAAGUACAUUUCCGCAAUUGAGUAUGGGUAGGAAAAUAAUUAAAACCGAGACUCCAUAAGAUAUAAAGAAAAAAAAACAAAGAUAUCGUUUAAUCUAAUUCUAAUGAAUAUAUGAAAGUAAUUUAUC